UUAUGACAUCUUGGCGGCGUAUGGCGUGAUCCAAAUUGCAAUGGCUGAAAACCGCAGUUUUGACUGAACAGAUUUACUCUAAAUGAAAAACUAUAACCUGAAAUACCUGAAUAUUCAUAUUAGAACUGAAGUGACUCCGAAUAUUUCGACAACAACACACGGGUGCUUUAAAAUCAGCGCCAUCAAUUAGCAACAUGUGGGCUAACUUGUAGCAAUCAGUCAUCCUUAGACAUUUCUCGCAAAUGUUUUCUCUCUUCUGAGAGAGGGCGCGAGGACUGGAGACACGGACACACGGACACACAUCCGCGCUCCCGCUGCGUUUAAAAGUGAGACGUCUCUGAACAGCAGCAUCACAGACUGCUCUAUGAGCCUGCAGACAUGGGCAACUGCAUGGGCAUCAGGGACGUCUGCGACCGGCCGAAGAAUACUAACGUCAGGUGCAGGUUACCUGCCGUGUGCUUCGUCUGGCAGCUGUCUAUGAUCAUUCUUUUUGGGGUAUUUGUGCGGUAUAAUGAGGAGUCAGAUACUCACUGGGUUGACUACAGAAAGGGGAACAAUAUAACGAGUGAUAUCGAGAAUGACUUCUACUUCAGAUAUCCAAGUUUUCAGGAUGUUCAUGUCAUGAUCUUCGUGGGCUUUGGCUUUCUCAUGACCUUCCUGAAGCGCUACAGCUUUGGUGCCAUGGGAUUCAACUUCCUGAUUGCGGCUUUCGGCAUCCAGUGGGCUCUUCUGAUGCAAGGCUGGUUCCAUUCUCUGGACUACACCGACGGAAAGAUCAAGAUCGGUGUAGAAAACUUGAUCAAUGCAGAUUUCUGUGUGGCGGGGUGUCUGAUCGCCUACGGAGCUGUUCUAGGGAAGGUCAGUCCUGUUCAGCUGUUGGUGAUGACGCUGUUUGGUAUCACGCUGUUCGCCGUUGAAGAGUACAUCAUCCUGAACGUCCUCCAUGCCAAAGAUGCCGGCGGAUCCAUGGUGAUCCACACUUUUGGAGCUUAUUAUGGUCUGUCCAUUUCAUGGGUUUUGUAUCGGCCUAGUUUGGAUAAGAGCAACCAUUUGAACGGGUCUGUCUACCACUCAGAUGUGUUCGCCAUGAUUGGUACCCUCUUUCUGUGGAUGUUCUGGCCAAGUUUCAACUCUGCCAUUGCUGAUCAUGGAGACGGUCAGCACAGAGCUGCCAUCAACACAUACCUGGCCUUGGCCUCCACCGUCCUCACUACAGUCGCCAUAUCUAGCCUGUUUGAGAAAACAGGGAAACUAGACAUGGUUCACAUCCAGAAUUCCACACUGGCAGGUGGAGUUGCUGUAGGAACAGCAGCUGAAUUUAUGCUGUCGCCAUACGGUUCUUUGAUUGUGGGUUUCUUCUGUGGCAUCAUAUCCACAAUGGGCUAUAAUCAUUUCUCGCCGUUCUUGGAGGAGAAACUGAAGAUUCAGGACACCUGUGGUGUCCAUAACCUGCACGCUAUGCCAGGUGUCAUUGGAGGAAUUGUGGGUGCCAUCUCCGCCGCUGCUGCCACCAACACUGUUUACGGAGAUCUAGGGUUGGAAAAUACAUUUGACUUUACGGGGCCUUUUGCGAAACGUGUACCCACUAUCCAGGGCGGAUUUCAGGCAGCAGGACUGUGUGUGGCCUUGUGUUUUGGAAUUGGAGGUGGCAUAUUUGUUGGCCUGGUUCUGAAGCUGCCCAUCUGGGGCGAUCCUGCAGAUGAAAACUGCUUUGAUGACGAGAUCUACUGGGAGGUUCCUGAGGAUGAAGAAAGUGUUCCUCCCUUCGUGGCCUACAACAACCACAUGAUCCCCAACAAACAUGCAGACAUGAGAGAGACAAGCUUCGUGGAGCAGCGUUAACUCGCGGAAUCAGAUCUGCAGUGAAAACAUCUGCUUUCCUGCUGCUCUCCCUGAAGAUAACAAUACUCCUACCCCCAAAAUGACCAACAGGGUCUUUCCUUUUGCUUUCCAUGAAGCACAUAUCUAGAAUAUUUUGAUGAUACAGAGAAUACAUUUUUCAUGCAGGUUGAGAUGUGAAUAUCUUGAAUAUCUCACUUAAUUAAUUUGCAUAUCAGAAUUAUUAGGUCAGAAAUCAGAUCAUUC